UAUCCACUUCGUUUACUGGCGGGGCAGGUCAACUUCAUUUUAUACAAUAGGUAUAACGUGAGUGACAUCUUUAAGAGCACAUGCUGCGAGCUAUUAGACAUUACCCAAAUAGUUAGUGAAGGCCCCCCUCGGUUACAUCGUCAAUGGGUCUAGCUGAACGAUAACUUCAAACCGCAAAUUUACCAUUAAUCCUAAGACGCUCGUUACUCUAGACUUUCGAACCAUUCUUAUUACGACUGACAUUCGGUUGUCACCUAAUAAAAAAAGGGGGGUUACACUAUAAAUUCGGUAUCAAGUCAAUUACAGGUAUCCUAAACAUUAUACCUACGAUCAAACCCGUAAUCAAUCAGGCAAUAAAACCCGUCACUUCAAAGUUCAAUAGUCAAUCAUCUCCAUAGUUUCAAAAAUUCGAACCUUGCGGUAUCAGCAGCGAUGUCUGCGGUCGAAGAAGUAGGCGUGGGAGAUGGGGCCCUAAGCAAGGAUGUCCUUUUGGUUUUCUUCCCUUUUCCAGAGAGAAAGGAAUGGAUAGAGCACAUCACCAGUCGCUUCAAAGGCCUCCAAGUACGAUGGACCAAUGCGAUAAAUCCCGAUCACUCCGUCAUAAAUGCUAAAGAUGUCGCCGCGGAGCUGUGGGAUGGUGUGACCAUACUCUCUACGUUUAUGCCGCCUCCGGUCGAGCUGAUACCAAACGUCCGCUUCGUCCAGGUUACCUCGGCCGGGGUGGAUAAGUGGCCGAACCAUCCCACGUAUCAGGACGAUAAAGUCCAGUUCUCUACUUCGAACGGCAUUCACGCGCCGCAAAUCGCAGAAUGGGUCAUCGGCGCCUGGCUCUCGCAUCAACAUAACUUCCUGCACUACGCUUCGAACAUGAAGGCGGGAAACUGGGAAUCGCCAUUUGCAGCCCGUAUUCAAGAUUCAACGGGACAACGAAUCGGAAUUUUAGGAUAUGGCGCAAUUGGGAGACAGUGUGCACGCCUGGCUAGUGUCUUGGGCAUGGAGGUCUACGCUUAUACGCGCGGUGACCGGUCCACCCCAGAGUCUCGCAAAGAUGACAGCUACUGCGUGCCGGGUACUGGCGACCCUGAUGGGAUUCUGCCGGCGAAGUGGUUCCACGGCACGAGAAAGGAAGACGUCAACGAAUUUCUUGCCCAGGGUCUCGACCUGCUAGUUAUUAGCCUACCGCUAACACCAGAGACGCGACAUAUCAUAUCCGAUGAGCAGUUCGAGAUUCUUAGUAAAAGGAAGACCUUCGUGGCGAACAUCGCGAGGGGCGGCCACAUCAACCAAGAUGCGCUCAUUAAGGCGCUCGAGACAGGUCAGAUUCGGGGGGCUGCGCUAGAUGUGACGGAUCCGGAGCCCCUACCCAGUGAACAUCCGCUGUGGCGGGCCCCAAACCUCUUCAUCACUCCGCACGUAAGCUGGAAGACCGACCACCUCUGGGAUAGAUUGCUGGAUAUCCUGGAACUUAACCUUGAAAAGUUAGCUGCUGGAAAGCCGCUUAUCAACGUAGUGAACCGCAAGCUUCACUACUGAUAGGAGGGGGGGCAAGCUGCAGAAGGAUGGUAGGCACACGCAAUUGAAGCUUUCAGUU